AUGGGUCAAAUAUGGUUAGACUGGGUUCCUUUUAUGAGUGUUGAAGUAAUUAUUGAUUAUGCUUGUGAAGGUUUGUUUUGCGCCGUCUCCCGUGCAGUAAGUCUAGAGCGCAGUGGAGGCCAGACUUUCGGUGUUAGAGAAGAACACAAUGUGGUUUCAAGUAGUGUGAUUGUGAAAAAAAACGAGAAACCGUAUUUGGUUUUGUAUUUUAUUAAUUGCAGUGAUUUUCUAUUACUACUACGCCAGGAUUGUGCCCGUGACUAUUUUAAUGCCAUGUAUCAAGCCAUGGGUUGUCCCCUAUAUGUAGUCAUGCUUGAUCAUCCAACUGGACCCAGACAGUCGCGUUUUUGGGAAGGUGUGGCGCAACUCUGUGCUGAGAGUUCCCUUUCUUCUUUUUUAGUUGGAUUUGACUUUGCUCCUUUUCUCGAACGAGCAGCUGAUAUUGUUGUGUCUCACGGAUUCAAGGCUUGCAGACAACAAACAGAGUGUGACCCACUUGCUCGCACAGAUGGAAGGCGCAAAUGUGACCCCACCGAUUUUCACGCUCUUUACCUUGAUAUGCUUGUAGAGAUAUCACAUGUUUCUGAUCGUAGAGCUGCUGUUAUAGCGGGGGUAUUUCCCUCAAUGUGUCAUUUGUUGAAAUUUAUUGAUUCUGGAACUUGUAAUAGAUUGAGUGUCGAAGAAUAUGGUGAGGAUAGAGCUUCCAGUGCAUUUGAUCCGUAUAUUAUCGAGGUGCUUUCAACAGAUUAUAAUACAAGAGAGGCACAGGAUAAUCUGAGGCUUUUAAAUGAAAAAAGUAAAAACCUCUUCACCUAG